CCGAAUUUAAAGAGAAAAACAGAAAGUAAAGAAAAAUCUGAAAACCCAAGAACGCCUAUUGGGAAUGUAACUGAUGUGAUAUCAUCAUCUCAUUUCUCACAGCAAAACCAGCCUUUCAAAUUUUCUUCAUAUUAACACUAAAAAUGGCUGCCAAUUCUCAAAUAUUUACAGGAUUGACCCUCCCUUUCAAACCCAUUGCUUCUUCUUCUUCUUCGUCUUCAAGCUCCAGUAACAGUACUUGCAUUCGUUGUUUAGUUAAGAAACCAUUAACUUCUUUCUUUAAUGGCGGAGUGGCUGCCCUAAAAAUUACAAGCAUAAGGACCCUUCCAGGAGGAUCUCAUUCUCGUAGAGGAGGUGCAGGUGCCAUUGGCACUCGCAUGAACCUUUUUGAUCGGUUUGCUAGAGUUGUUAAGUCAUAUGCAAAUGCUCUCCUAAGCUCUGUUGAAGACCCAGAAAAAAUCUUAGAGCAAGCUGUGAUUGAAAUGAAUGAUGACUUGGUGAAGAUGAGACAGGCCACAGCACAAGUAUUAGCAUCUCAAAAGCGAUUGGAAAAUAAGUAUAAAGCUGCACAGCAGGCUUCUGAAGAUUGGUACCGUAAAGCACAGUUGGCUCUUCAGAAAGGAGAAGAAGAUCUUGCACGUGAAGCCCUCAAGAGGCGUAAAUCUUAUGCUGAUAAUGCUAGUUCGUUGAAAGCUCAACUUGAUCAACAGAAAAGUGUAGUUGAGAAUCUCGUCUCAAACACUAGGCUUUUAGAGAGUAAGAUACAAGAGGCAAAGUCAAAGAAAGACACAUUGAAAGCUCGGGCUCAGACUGCACGAACUGCAACAAAAGUUAACGAGAUGGUUGGAAAUGUCAACACAAGCAAUGCUUUAUCAGCUUUUGAGAAAAUGGAAGAGAAAGUUAUGGCAAUGGAGUCUGAAGCAGAAGCUCUUGGGCAAUUAACCACUGACGAUCUUGAAGGGAAGUUUGCAUUACUAGAGAGCACAUCAGUUGACGAUGAUCUUGCAAAUCUGAAAAAGGAACUCUCCGGUAGCUCACAGAAAGGGGAGCUCCCACCUGGAAGAAGCACAAACCCGAAGCUUCCGUAUCGCGAUGCUGAAAUUGAGACAGAACUUAACGAACUGAGACAAAGGGCAAAGGAGUUUUGAAGUUUCCAAUGGGUAAUAUUAUUAGUUUCAAGUACACAAAUAUUUGUAUGAUUAUGCACAUAGGUCUCUGCAAUUUGUGUAUCCCAAUCCACUAUUCAAAUAUUCGAAUAUCUACUUUGACCAGUGAAUUUUUUAAUUUAUUCAACAGAUAUCAUCAAUUCA